AUGGACGCGCGGGACUGCGCGGCCGCCUGGUGGGAAAUGGUGGCGCGGAACCUGCGAUCUAUUCCACGUUCCUGUUCAACACUAGGAAGAAAAAUUGCGGCUCUGUACAACAGCUUUACUAGUAAACCGUUAAAAGAACACAUUUUUCCUCCUUUGAUGAACAUGCUAAUAUUUUUUAAUUUUUUCAAAGCACCCUUUCUUGUGGAUUUAAAGAGACCGGAGUUAAAGAUUGCUCACACAGUGAACUUCUAUAUCAGAGUCGAACCUGGGGUGAUUCUGGGAAUCUGGCACACGGUUCCCAGCUGCCGGGGUGAAGAUGCGAAGGGAAAGGACCGUUGCUGGUACGAAGCAGCCCUUCAUGAUGGCAAUCCAAUCAUUGUUUAUCUUCAUGGCAGCGCGGAACAUAGGGCAGCUCCUCACAGACUUAAGCUCGUAAAGGUGCUGAGUGACGGUGGCUUUCAUGUCCUGUCUGUGGACUACAGAGGGUUCGGGGACUCCACAGGGAAGCCCACAGAGGAGGGGCUGACUGCAGAUGCUAUUUGUGUCUAUGAGUGGACCAAGGCGAGAUGUGGUACCACCCCUGUGUGUCUCUGGGGCCACUCUCUGGGUACAGGAGUUGCAACCAAUGCCGCAAAAGUACUGGAAGAGAAAGGAUUCCCAGUUGAUGCUAUUAUCCUGGAGGCUCCAUUUACCAACAUAUGGGUUGCAAGUAUCAAUUAUCCCUUGUUAAAGAUUUACCGGAAACUUCCAGGAUUUUUACGCACGCUUAUGGAUGCCCUGAGAAAAGACAAAAUAGUCUUCCCUAAUGAUGAAAAUGUUAAAUCCCUGUCUUCUCCCCUUCUCAUCAUACAUGGUGAGGAUGACAACACGGUGCCUUUGGAGUUUGGAAAAAAGCUCUAUGAAAUUGCACAUAAUGCAUACAGGAACAAAGAGAGGGUCAAGAUGGUGAUCUUUCCUCCUGGUUUCCAACACAACUUGCUCUGUAAAAGCCCCAUGCUGUUAAAAACUGUGAGAGAUUUCCUGAGCAAGCAGUGGGCAUGAGGGCUGAGAGGGAUGGAAAUCUACAGUGAAGACUUGGUCUGAACACCACCGAUGAUAUAUA